UGCUUCUGUGCGCAUGCGCGAGCCAACGCCUCUCGGUCUCACGUGACUGCGGCGGCGGGUGCGCUUCCGGGUGGCCGCGGGGCGCGCGGCGGAGCGGGAAGGCCGCGGCCCGUCCCCCCCCGGCUCCCACAGACCCAACUCAGACAAGAGCCUCAACAGACUUGGACUUGUAUGUUAGCAGAAUGGUUUAUUAUGUUCCAUUGUUGGGGAUUCCUUGUUGCUGGUGAUGGGUGAGCUGGAAAAAACACAACUUGACUUGCACAUCACAGGCUCCUUUUUAGCCCACUGUCCUGAAGACAAGAGGUUCUGGCUGAUCAGGAGUCUCUAUUAGCAAUUCAAGUUGGCUGCAGAAUGGAAGGAGUUGAAUUUAAGGAAGAAUGGCAAGAUGAAGAUUUUCCAAGGCCUCUGCCAGAGGAUGAUCCUGUUGAAUCAGACAUAUUGGCUGCAGCUGCAACAGAAAGUGAAGCUGAGGUUAAUGGAACCAAAGUGAAGAAGAAACUAGUGGCUCCAGAUAUCAGCUUAACUUUGGAUCGCAGUGAGGAAUCUGUUUUGUCUGAUGACUUGGAUGAGAGUGGAGAGAUUGAUUUGGAUGAUUUAGAUACUCCUUCAGAAAACAGCAAUGAGUUUGAAUGGGAAGAUGAUCUUCCAAAACCAAAAACUACUGAUGUAAUUAGGAAAGGAUCACUUACUGAAUACACUGUGGCAGAGGAGAAAGACUAUGAUCGACGCUGGCGAAUGUUUAGGAUUGGAGAACAGGACCAUAGGGUGGACAUGAAGGCAAUUGAACCAUAUAAAAAAGUUAUCAGUCAUGGUGGUUAUUAUGGUGACGGGUUAAAUGCCAUUGUUGUGUUUGCAGUUUGCUUUAUGCCUGAAAGCAGCCAGCCUAACUACAGAUACCUAAUGGACAAUCUAUUUAAGUAUGUAAUUGGCACUUUAGAAAUGUUAGUAGCAGAGAACUAUAUGAUAGUUUACCUGAAUGGUGCAACAACACGGAGAAAAAUGCCAAGUUUAGGCUGGCUUAGGAAAUGUUACCAGCAAAUUGAUAGAAGGUUAAGGAAAAAUCUGAAAUCAUUAAUCAUAGUUCAUCCUUCUUGGUUCAUCAGAACACUUCUGGCCAUCACAAAACCUUUUAUUAGCUCGAAAUUCAGCCAAAAAAUCAGGUAUGUCUUUACCCUGGCAGAACUAGCUGAACUCAUCCCCAUGGAAUAUGUUGGCAUCCCAGAAUGCAUAAAACAGUAUGAAGAAGAAAAAUUUAGAAAGAAACUGAAAAGAGUUGACCAAGAGCUGAAUGGAAAACAAGAGCAGAAGAGUGAGCAGUGAAUUUGGAGUCCAAACAAGACUGAAGAAUAUGCAGACAGAAUGAUGCUAUUUUUGCUACAUUUACAAUGCAUUCUCUGUGUAUGUACAUAUUAUAUAACCUGUUGCAAAAGGUGCUUAAUUCCUUUGGACUAGCACACAAUGGACUGCUUACUGCUGUAUUGGUUUGUCUUGACUUUAAUAGCUGUGCUUAUGUAAUCAUUUUGUACUGCUAAAUGUCAAAGAACCCUAUAUUUUCAGAGGAUGUUCUUGCAGUUGUUUAUCUAAAUCAUGCAUGUUCUUCAGUAAAAUAUUUAUAUACCUAAAUGUUAAAGGAAAGAGAUAAUAUAUAUUUUUAUGACUGAGCAAUAUAUUGUGUAUACCUGCUGAAGUAAUUCAUUUGCAGGUAGGCAGGGCUAUAAGUUACUUAUUGUAUAAAUCUGUUUUGCUGUAAAUGGUCAAGUGCAUUUCUUUAUUGUCACAAAAACCUUAAUUUGCUUGGAUAUUAACAAUCACAUAACGUACUCUUUCACAAGCGUGGAGAUCCUUUUUUUUGUUCACACACCUAAUAGAAGCAGUACUCCUUGAGCUUUGAUUGGUGUCUUCUAGGCUGUUUUUUCAGAAUGCAGAAUUGCAGUUCUGCAAACUUCAGUCUUUUGGCCAAAAGGUUUAAGCCUAAGCCACAUAGGAGCUGAACUGCUUGAAUGAGUAGCAAGAUAUCGGACCUUUCUCAAUUUAGGUUGUGAAUUCAGUCUUGAUUUACUGAAGCAGAAUCUCACAGCUACCACUAGGAAAUGAGUUUGUUGCAGUUCUUCCUGAAUGAAUAUUGGCUGUCACGAGUAGGAAGCUCUGGUCAUACUCAGUAAAGCUGGGGAGUUACAUAGGUACUCUAGUCACAUACUCAGUUGUUUGCAGAGGUAUGUCGAGCCUUAUCCUACCUGUGUCAUCCUUGUAGAUGAAAUAUCCAUUUUUAAAGCUCUUGGCUUGGCAUGAUAUCGGCAUUAAUUUCACUUAACAAUAAAAAAAGUUAUUUAAAGGUUGGGGUUUUUUUUUCCUCCCCACCAUGGUAGUAGGCUUACACUUGUGUCUGUAAGAGAUGUUCUUGGACAUGUCUUUGUGGGUUUACCACAACGUGUUGGUUGAUACGUUAUAGGUUUGUAACAUCUUUUGAUAGUCAUGGCUAUUUCCUGGUGGCUAUUACUGCUAUAGUUAAGCAGUAUAAUACUGUAGAAAUAUAUUCAAUCUUCACUUCUUUUAUUGUGCACACAAUUUUGUUUUAAUGCCAAAAAUAUCAAUUCUCAAUUAAAAGUUAGCAUUACACCAUCCUUUAAUUAAAAAAAAACCAAAACCCACAAGGUUGCUUUCAAUCAGGUUCUUGUUUGACACUGAUAGAUAGCAGUUGAGAGAUAGUUCUGUAGUCAUGACUUGUUACCAGUUAACAAUUAAUUGCCUUUCUCUAAUGAAACAUGCAUAGACUCUGAGAGCAUAUACAUGUCCAGAGGAGGGCAAACUGCCCAUGUCUCUGCAAGCUGGUCUGCAAUUCAGAGACUUGCAUCUCAAGAUCUAGGCACUGUUGUUAUAGUAGCAUCCCUAUUACAAUUGUAGAGAUGAAUAUGCAGGAUGUUCUCUUUCUACAGGUAAUGCUAAUAAUUUCAAGUGGUGUUGCAUCCAUUUUAUCAGGUUUGGAUCUUGCUCUGAAAGCAGAACACAAAUGUGAACAGUUUCUUUGGGGCUGUCUUAUCUCCUGUGUAAGUUUUGAUGUUGACUCAGAAUAAUGUGAAGUUCUAGUCAGUAAAUUGGACACUUGCAGCCUGUUUGCUUAUGAUACUUUCACAGGGCGGUGUGUAUGAGUGUGCAAACCCGUAAACCUUCUUGGUUUCUACAGGUUCUGUGUGGGUCCUAAGCUAGAUACUAAGCAUUCUGAUCAUCUCAUUUCAAAUUUUUCCCAAUUAAAGAAAGUAUUCUUCUCAGUAAAAUCGUAUUCUUAGUGGAAGGGUUGUAGUUCUGUAUGUCCUGCUGCUUCCUAUGUGUGCAGUAUAGAGCAGCCAGUCCUCUCUAUAGGGCAGAUUUAUCAAAUGCUGGGAUUGUUACUGUCUUUCCUAACAGUUUAUUUUUUUAGUAAAGGUUUUUGUGAAUAAAUAUACAGCACAACAGUUCUUCUGUCCCUAAAGAUUUGCAGCUUGAGAAACGAGCGUACUAAAUAAUUAUUCCCCUCAGACCUUUUGCAGCUCAUUUACUGAUGUGAUAGGUGUUUAGAAAAAGCAAAGAGGUCCCAGAGUUUUCUUGAACUCAUAGGUAACUUCUUGUCAAACUUGAUUUUUUUCUAAUCUAUAAAAUAAUUUAAUAUAUUUUAAUAUUUAACACAGGAAAAGCUGGAAUGUCAUACUUCAAUAGAAGUUAUUUCAAAAACCAAAUCACUUUGUGAUAAGAUACAAUAUCAUAGGGAAUUCACCUUUUGAUGGCACUUCCUCCUAAGAGUAAAAUUCACGUGGCUACAAUACAGUUUGAACCCUGUCAAGAAAAGAUAAUGUAAUGAGUCACUAAUUUACCUUUGAUUUGGAGGUCUCAUUAGUUCAUUUAUAUAUGUAUAUCUAUGUGCUAACAAGUCAUUAGUUAUCUUGCUGUUAUUGUGCGCAACUGAAAUGGAGAUGUUUGGGCCAGUGGCCUUCUCUUGUGUCUGGAUGUGAGACUUUGAUUUCUACAAUGCAAUAAGUGUUCAGAAGUGGCAAAGAUACUUUGAAGCAAGCAUUGUUAAAGCCUGAUGUGAGUAGACACUAGAUUGCUUGAAUGUUCUUGACAUUGUGUAGUACAGCAAAGCCAUGUUCUGUUGGGAAGUAAUGGAGAGGGACGUAGGAUUUCGUGCUGAAGCAGAUUGAAGUCUUCAAGAUUCUGGCAUGUGAAAAUGGACGAUUUUUGGUUCAAAAAAACUUAUAACUAGUUAGAAUAAUAUGUAACCUUGUGUGUAACAAUGCAAUUUAGCAUGUUUUUUCCUUUAUUUUCAGUGAAAAGGAUGAGAACAGCACUUCUGGUUGUGAGGAACUUUGUACCGAGAAACAAUAGUUAUGUUCUGAAUUGCACACCAUAAGUAUAUAGCCUGUAUUAGUUAAGCAAGUUGGUUGCAUCAUACACUUCAAUGCUCUAAUGACAGCUUAACUCCUUUCAACGGUUAAUUUGUGUCAGACUUGAAGAUUAGGUGACAGGUUGGUGGCAAUGGAAUGUUUCAUGAGGUGACCUUGAAGUGUGUCAUAGGGAAGAGAGGGUGGCCUUGCUGCCUGGUCGAGUGUCCGUGAUGUUAUCUAUGGAAAUGUCUGUAGUGAACAAAGCAACGGAACUGCGUGGCGAAUGGGCACUUUAUAAACUAAUUCUGUCACAAAGA